AUGGAUAAAGACGAAAGGAUAUUUCGUUUAGAACAGGAGCUUCUACAAUUCAAGCAAUUGUUAAUGAAUAAACAAUUAAAUCAAACAACUCAACACCAACAACCAAAUCAAUCAAAUUAUCCAUCAAACCAACAAUAUCAAUAUCAACCACAAUCGAAUCAAUCAAAUUAUCAAUCAAAUUAUCAAUCAAACCAACAAUAUCAACCACAGAACAAUUUAACAACUUUAUCAAUCUCUUGA